AUGCAAGCUCCCCCUCGUCCCGUCCAGUUCAUCCUCCGGCCCACCGCCCAGGGACUGCACAUCGGCAACGAGCGACACGCGAUUGCUCUGAUCGAGGCUGCCCGCCAAUUCCCCGACGUAUUCCCAUUGGUAAUCCGGAGACCAGGCCAAUCUGAGCUCAGCAAAGAAGAACUAGAACGUGUGAUCUGUCACGGAAACGCAUUUGUGUUCGUGCCGUCCGCAGAAAACGGAUUGAGCCGGCAGUACCGGCCUUUCUUUCGGUACUUUGAAGGUGCUGGUCGCACGACGGCCACGAUAGAAGGCAAGGGUGUUUUGCCACCAAAAAAGCGUAAAGAAGACGAUGCGCAGGGAUAUCAGUCAGGCCUAGUCAAGUGGACUUACACAAUUUCAUUCACCCCCGACCUCAACGAUCGUGAGUCGACGGUUCAGUAUCGGUUGGUAUGGAACGAACUUCGCCCGCUGUCCUCCAUACCGGCUCUGCAUGUCAUGGAGAUACCUUGGAGGCAUUAUUCGACGUUGUGCUUUGAACCUGCGGCUCCAAAGGGUCGGUUGUCAGCAGAAGGACCAGGAUGGGAUGAAGACAUCUUGCCGUACGACUAUCGCACACGACCACACUUCCAAUUCCUCAUCGCCGAGCCCUCCGAGCGUAUCACGUACAAACCCCGACCCACCUUCCAGUUCCUGGACAUCCGCACGGAGGAUGAGGCCAUCCUUCUCAUCGAAGCUGCGCGUCAGUUCCCCGAGCGUUUUCCGCUGGUGAUGCGCCGCCCGGCCCCGGACGAUACCGACAGAGCAGCAUUCGAGAAGUUGAUUGUGCACGGCAGUGUGUUCCUUUAUGCGGUGACGGACGGGCUGGUGAGAUGGCAUGAUUUCAAGAAGUGGACCAAUUCAAGGUGUCUUCCGCCCUUUCUGCGGUAUGAUCAACUGGAUGGUAUCAUGAAGCGAAUCAAGGGGAUCGACGAACGGACAGAAAGCAAGUUACCGGGUAGUCCGGUCGAUACUGAAAUGGAUGACGACGAAGAUGAGGAAGUGUCGAAUAAUCGAUUCGGACAACUGCAGCGAUGGACCUACUCUGCACAUCUCAUCCAAGGAGGCAGCACGUUCGCCACCUCCUACCGCCUCGUUUGGUAUGUGGAUCCGACUCGAAGGCAAGAAUUGCGGCCCGUGACCUUCGUGGCCGGCCUACGAAAGCUGUCAGUUCCAUGGCACGAGUAUGAGAGAUGGAGCGGAGAGCGACACUCACCUGAUACUCAAGUUACUCCUCGACCUCCUCAGCCGACUUCCGUGCACAACCGCCACAAUGGAGCACCAUCGGGCUCGGCGUCGUUGGCGUCUCCAAUGCCCUCGCCACGCUCAAGUGAGCAGGUCACUCCGCCGGUAACCGCACGCCCCACCCUUCCCAAUAUCCGUCAAAUCGGUUUGGACGGGACAACGAUGACAGCCUCCGAAGCCAUGAGGUUGAAAAGCAACGCACUGCCACCUUUGCGGACUCCUCUGCCGGAAGCGACAACCUCUGUACAAGGGGUCGGAUAUCGAGAGAUGGGGUGGGGGAGUCUGUGGGGGAGGAAGCAGAGUGAAAGUCGUCAUGGGACAAGGUAGAAGGUUGAGGAAAGGUGACAGAUUAGUUGGCGGUGGUUCGUGCAGUUCUGCGGUAUCCAGUGAUUGUAACAAUAAGAGGACGACUUCGUUGCC